CUUUUAUCUUUUCUUAGGAUCGACAGCAGACUGAGGUCGACACGCCACAAUUUCCUUUAUUUGUAGGGCUUCUGCAUCUUUUCUUCUCUCUUCUUUUCUUCUUUUUUUGUAUUUGGAUUUUUUUUUUUCGGAUCGCAAGAAAUGGAUUCAUUGAAGGAUAGUAGUUGGAAUCUCCUCGAUUAUGAUAUGAUCGAAGAUGGAACGUCAUCCGAUUUCUAUUGGAACAAUCAAAUCUGCUGCUUGGAUUUUCAAUCACCUACUGGCUCUGUUCCCCAAGAAAAAGCAUGCGCGAGAAAGAGGGGACGCAAUCAGUCGUGCAGUGAUCCUGGAUCCAAAGCUUGUCGUGAGAAAAUGCGUAGGGACAGGAUGAAUGACAGAUUUUUAGAUUUGAGCUCUGUUUUGGAGCCAGGGAGACCUGCUAAGACUGAUAAAUCUGCCAUAGUCAGUGAUGCCAUUCGUGUUUUGAAUCAGCUAAGAACAGAAGCUCAGGAACUUAAAGAUGCGAGUGAAAAGCUUCGGGAAGUCAUAAAAAAUUUGAAGGCAGAGAAGAAUGAACUUCGUGAAGAGAAACUCCAACUGAAGGCAGAUAAAGAAAAGAUGGAGCAACAGGUCAAAGCCAUGAGCUUGUUGCCUGCUGGUUUUGUGCCACCACUACCUGCAACAUAUCAUACUGGAGCAAAUAAGUUGAUGGCCUAUCCAAGCUAUGGUGGCUUCCCCAUGUGGCAAUGGAUUCCCCCAGUUGUCCUUGACACAUCCCAAGAUCAUGUGCUCAGGCCUCCUGUGGCUUAAUUGGACAAUUAUUGCUUACAUCAUUUCCAGAUGCUUGAUUAUGCUAACAUUUCAAAACUGCAGCACGUUUACCCUGUAUAUAUCUCUUGCUAGUUUGCUUGUUUUUAGAUUGGUAAGCUGCAAUCUUUGGUGGAGUUGACUACAGAAGUCAGUCAACUGGUAUUUGUUUCUUCAGUAAAAUUGAUCAUUUGUCUAACCUUUGUAAUGAAUGCAAAAGAACAAUGUUUUUUGAUUUGCAGGGAGUUUUAGGUUGUAAUGUUUAAAUGUUCAGGUUUUGGAAAUGGGUUUCUGGAUGUAAA